CUUCCCUGGGACAGUACCGUCCUAGGAGCCGCGACAGUUUCUGCCCUUAGGUCUUGGGGAGACCCAUUUGACUGACUCUGCGGUAUCCCGUGGCAAGGAUUAAUGACUUGAUCAUAGCUGGAGCUGUUGAUAUCUCCGGAAAUAUGAUCAGCGCCCCUGAUGUGGUGGCCUUUACCAAGGAAGACGAAUACGAGGAAGAACCUUACAAUGAACCCGCUUUGCCUGAAGAAUACUCAGUUCCUCUCUUUCCUUAUGCCAGCCAGGGCGCUAACCCCUGGUCUAAACUGUCUGGGGCCAAGUUCUCCAGGGACUUUAUCCUUAUUUCAGAGUUCUCUGAGCAGGUGGGACCACAGCCCUUGCUAACCAUCCCCAAUGACACCAAAGUUUUUGGCACUUUUGAUCUCAAUUACUUCUCCUUGCGGAUCAUGUCAGUGGAUUAUCAGGCCUCUUUCGUAGGGCAUCCUCCUGGUUCUGCCUACCCCAAGUUGAACUUUGUGGAGGACUCUAAAGUGGUACUUGGAGACUCUAAGGAAGGGGCAUUUGCAUAUGUGCACCACCUUACCUUGUAUGACCUGGAGGCCAGGGGCUUCGUGCGGCCCUUUUGUAUGGCUUAUAUCUCUGCAGACCAGCAUAAAAUCAUGCAGCAAUUCCAAGAGCUCUCAGCCGAAUUUUCCAAAGCAUCUGAGUGCUUGAAGACGGGUAACAGGAAGGCAUUCGCUGGGGAACUUGAAAAAAAGCUGAAAGACUUGGAUUACACGAGGACAGUGCUACACACAGAAACCGAGAUCCAGAAGAAAGCCAAUGACAAGGGUUUUUAUUCUUCUCAGGCAAUUGAGAAAGCCAAUGAACUGGCCAAUGUGGAGAAGUCCAUCAUUGAACAUCAAGAUUUGCUGAGGCAGAUCCGCUCAUACCCUCGUCAGAAGAUGAAGAAGCCUGAUUUGCAUCCAGGUGAUACAGAGCAUACCCAGGAUCAGGCUGACCAGGUAUGCCCUACCUCUAAUCCUGAGGAGUCAGCUAAUGCAGACCUUUAUACCUGCAGGCCGGCUUACACCCCCAAACUCAUCAAAGCAAAGUCCACCAAGUGUUUUGACAAGAAGUUGAAGACCUUGGAGGAACUCUGUGACACUGAGUAUUUCACUGAGACCCUGGCCCAGCUUAGCCACAUUGAACACAUGUUCAGAGGGGACCUGUGCUACCUCCUGACCAGUCAGAUUGACAGAGCACUUCGAAAACAACAGCCCAUAACAAAUUUCCUCUUUGAAGAUUUUGUAGAGGUUGAUGACAGGAUGGAGAAGCAAGAGAAUGUGCCCUCUCAACCCAGUCACGGCAGGCUGCCUUCCAAGCCUGUAGAAGAAUGCCCCAUUCCUAAAGUGUUAAUUAGUGUUGGCUCUUACAAGUCCAGUGUGGAGUCUGUAUUGAUCAAGAUGGAGCAGGAACUUGGAGACGAAGAAUACAAGGAAGUAGAGGCAACAGAGUCAAGCAGUUUUGACCCCCAAGAAAACCUGGACUACAUGGGUAUGGAUAUGAAAGGGAGCAUCAGUAGUGGGGAAAGCAUUGAGGUUCUGGGCACUGAGAAGUCAGCUUCUGUGUUGUCGAAAUCUGACAGCCAGGCUAGCCUCACCGUGCCAUUGAGCCCCCAUGUAGUCCGUAGCAAAGCGGUCAGCCACAGGACAAUCAGUGAGGACAGCAUUGAAGUCUUAAGCACCUGCCCUUCUGAGGCCCUCAUUCCUGAUGACUUUAAGGCCAGCUACCCAAGUGCCAUUAAUGAAGAAGAAGCCUAUGCAGACAAUGAGGGGGCCAUCCAUUUCCAGGCAAGUGCCAGCUCACCAGAACUAGAUGAGACUCAGGAGGGCAACUUAGAAAAUAUCCCAUCCCAAAUAGACUCCAGCUGCUGUAUUGGAAAGGAGAGUGAAGGUCAGUUGGUGCCUCUCCCCACCCCAGCUUACACCCUUUCUGAUGAGGAUGGUGUGGUGAGCAUUCCCCCACAGCGCUACAUACAGAAGGACCAGGGGCUCCACAUGGACUUCGGGAUGGAGAACACUGACCCUUCUCCCCGAGACAACAGUUGUGAAAUGUUCCCAGCUUAUGAUCUGGAUCCAAGCUGCCUUCUGGCUAGCCGAGAUAUUAGUAAGAUGAGCCUGGAUAACUACUCGGAUAGCACUAGCUACAUGGGCAGUGUGGCCUCUACCAGCUCGGACAGAAUCCCCUCUGCUCCUCCUGCUGGCCUAUCCUCUGAGAGGCACAAAAAGAGAGCUGGCCAGAAUGCCUUAAAAUUCAUCCGCCAGUACCCUUUUGCCCACCCAGCCAUCUACUCCCUGCUCAGUGGGAGGACACUUGUGGUCCUGGGCGAAGAUGAAACCAUAGUCAGGAAGCUGGUAACUGCACUGUCCAUCUUCGUUCCCAACUAUGGCUGCUAUGCCAAGCCCGUGAAGCACUGGAUUUCCUCCCCUUUGCAUAUUAUGGAUUUUCAGAAGUGGAAGCUUAUUGGCCUACAAAGAGUGGCCUCUCCUGCCAAUGUGGGUACCCUUCAUACCCUGAGCCGUUACAGCCGCUAUACAAGCAUCCUGGACCUGGACAGCAAGACUCUACGUUGUCCCCUGUACAGGGGUACACUGGUACCCCGCCUGGCUGACCACCGCACUCAGAUCAAGCGGGGCAGCACAUACUACCUUCAUGUCCAGAGCAUGCUCACCCAGCUCUGCUCCAAGGCAUUCCUCUAUACCUUUUGCCACCACUUGCAUUUGCCUGCUCACAGUGAGGAGACACAAGAAGCAGUGGCCAGCAGACAAACCAGCUUCCUAAAGCUAAACCUGGGACUAGUGAAUGAGGACAUCAGAGUGGUACAGUACCUGGCCGAGCUGUUGAAAUUGCACUAUAUGCAGGAGUCACCUGGGACCACCCACCCACUGCUCAGGUUUGACUAUGUCCCCAGCUUUUUAUACAAAAUCUAAGGGUUCCAGCCACUAUGACCAAGACCUGUGACUCAGGGUAUGGGGAGGGAAAUGGGUUGCUGUGACUAAAUGGUUGCCUGAGCUGGAGUGUUGAGCCUUCUGCUGUCAGCGGGAAGGGAACAGGUGGCAGUUCCAGUUCCAACACAGCCCAGGGCAGUGUGUGAAGGGCUGAGUAGAGGUGGCACCCAGCCCUCCAGAGGUAGCUGGAAGAACAGGAGCAGCUGCUCUUCGUUUGUUAGGGAAGUAGCUCCCAAAUAAGGGGGUGUCCUUAAUUUUCCAAGGAGCAGCAGUGUGAGCAGAAGAGAAAGCUCCAGACACUGGGACUGGAAAAGAUGAGGCUAAGUAGCCAAAGCCCAAAUGACAGCUGAGUGGCACCCUGGGAACUGUGAUGAUGUGUUAGGACAGCCAUUGCCUCCAUCUACCUCUACCACGGCCUGUUACUUGGCUUCCUGGAGCCUGAUAACUGAAGGGAGGCUCCUGAACAAGGGCACGAAGGAACAGUGCUCUGGUCAGUUGGAGAGACAUAUCUGGGCACAAACAGCCACAAACAGCCCCUUGUCCUGUCUUUGCCUCUAUCAAGGGAGUGCUCAUCAAGUCCUUGGAGUCACUGUGACAGUGGUCACUAGCCCUGAAUAUGAAGCAGAUGCCAAAUGGCUACAGCCAGUUUGAGAAGUACCUUGGGAGUAGUAAAUGAAGCAGACCAUACGGCCAUCACCUCUGGCUCCUCUCACCCAGAACAUUAACUCUGACUUCCUCUGGGAAGAUUUGCAGACUUGUGGGCUUGACAACUAAGUUCUGGCUGGCUAGCUGAUAUGCUGACUGAAACAGAGGAGCAAAGAUUUCCUGUAUUAGCUCUCCGGUGACUAUCUUUGUAGGCACAUCUGGGAGGCAGUACACUUCUCAGUCAUUCCCCUGUUGUUCCUUUCCCUUUCAAGGGACUUUGAACCUGGGAGGAAGGCUCCUUUUAGUUCCCACCUGACCCCUGGUGGCCAUCAUCAUGAUCUCCCUAGGAUUCCUGUUGCAGCCGCUCUUGUGUGCAUGGAAUGCUUCUCGCAACCUUGACAAUGUGAGAUCUUUUUUAAAAAAAAACUUCUCUCCCUAAAUAGGAGCAGCUCUGGUUGUUCCUGCUGCUUUUAAAUUUACUCCAGAAGCUGCAGUAAAUUGGACUUGGAUCAGCAGUUGGAUGUGUGCAUCAGUUAGAUGCUGUGUCCCCUGUACUCAGGUCUGUCAGCAGGUCACACUACUGAGGUCUCAGAAGGAAUCUGUAGAAGCCAAGUAGCCGAAGAUGGCUUGCAGCAUGUCACUCUUGUGUCAUAUUCCUUGCCUAGGUCUUUGAUACAAAGUUGUAGUCUGUUGGUCCUGGUCAAUGGCUUCAGGUCAUGGUUCCUUUUCCACUUUAGAGGGUAUGUGAUUAUGUUUGAGCCUGUGACAGAACCAGAGACGGCACUGCCUGCACCAGUUUGUGUCUGUGACAUGUGUUACAGACACCUUGGCAGCUGUGGUUUCUCCUCAUGGCCCCUCAUGCUGAUGCUUCUUAGUGUUCUAGGUACCUCUGUUGACUGGUUGGCCAAGUACCAUUUCCUCAGGCCUCCAAGGAAGAAUGUGCUAGAGUUCAAGAGCCAGGCUCAGAGGUGGUCAGUUGCUGGUGCUGCCUGUCAUGGGGACUCUUAAGGUGAACACUGUGUUCCUGUGCUGAGAAAGGCAGCAGCCAUGCUUGGCCUUCUACAUACCGAAAGCAUACACACCUCAGUGGUCUGAAGUGAGGGUAAACACACAAGUAUCUCCUUGGCAGGCAGCCACAGGGUGGCUCAGAAGACAAAGCCAAGACUGGUUGGGAGUGAGCAGAACAGUUCUGUGUGAUAGCCACGCAAAUGGUACACGGGUCCCUCUCUUGAAUGGUUCCUCACUAAGGGUUUGAACUCCAUUUGUGGUUUUGUUUUUUUGAAACAGGAUCUCAUAUAACCCAAACUGGGUUCAAAUUCAGUGGGCAGCCAAGCAUAACCCUGAACCCUUGACCCUUCUACCUUGACAUCCCGACUGCUGGUAUUACAGGUGUUUGCCACCAGAACCAGUGUCUAGAUUUAGACUUUGGUUUUAAACCUUUGUUUUAAAGCCAUUAAAAGGAUUUUAAAAGGAUUAAUUAAUGCUGAAACCAUGCUUCCUCUCAGAGGGUAUCAAUCCUUGGGGGCUGAGUUUGGAUAGAGAGUCAAUGCUCUGUUCCUUUGCUUUAGAGGACUGGAAUCUUCUAGAAGUAAUACAUGUAUAUACCUUGAUGUGGAGACCUAUGCAACAGGACUCAAUUCCUUAAGUUUUCAGUUGUUCAUGGAGCAUAGUGGCACACACCUCUAAUCCCAGCACUUAAGAGAAGAGGUGGGUAGAUCUCUGCAACAUUGAGGCCACCAUAAUAUGCAUGAUAAACCUCAGGCCAGCCAAAGCUAUGAUACCCUGUUUCAAACAACAAAUUCCCAUUUGAAGUGUAUGCAAGUACAAGGUUGGUAAAGCAUGUUGUUCUUUUUAUACGAGACAGUCUCAUGUAGCCCAAGCCAGCUCUGAACUCCGUAUGUAGCUAAGGAUGACUUUGAACUUCGGAUCCUCCUGCCUCCACAUGCUGAGACUGCAUGCCUGUCAUGAGUUUUAGAUUGAAUCCAGGGCUUCAAACACACUAGGCAGACGCUGUACCAACUGAGCUAUAUCCCUCAUCUGGCUACUUUAAUAAAAUUCACUAUUAAAGACACCACAGAUCAGAGUUCCUCACCACUUUAUUCCUAUCAUUUUGAGCCCUGGCACUAAAACUAGUAGGUCAAGUAGCCAGCCAAGUUUCUCUGAAACCUGGAACUGGGCUGUGGUUGUGACCUGACCAUCCUGACCUGACCUUUAACUCCCUUUUUUUUUUUAAAGAUCAGGUACAGUAUUUAAAAUACCAAGGAUUUCAAACUCCUCUAAACUAGUUCCCAUUUCAUAAUUGUAGGAAGGCCAGGAGACCUCCCUUUUCCUUUGCCAAGUAUCAAAGCCUGCAGUUAGUUGAGCUCUGGGGUCCUGGAGGCAUGGCUUUUAGAAGAUCUUGUAUGCAUCUUGGCCACCUGUCUGCUAUGUUAAGUUCAUACCAUUCCCCCAGCCUGAAUGUUGCAUAUCAGACCAGUGUCCUAUGCCACCACCAGGGUUCAUCUCUGAGAUGGUUGGAUGGCAUUUGCAAGGCCUUUGGAGGAACCAAAUCCUCAUGGCAGUGAGGCCAACCAGGCUACUUUUUACUUCCCUAGAAAGCCCCCAAGAAAGUGCCUUGGCUUGUACUUUGAAACAAAUAAACCAGAUUUCUGGCUUCACUCUAAUACUGUGAUCAAACUUGAAUCUUUUAAGGGAGGCAUACUCACUCUUAGGUUGCAGAAAUGAGGGAAUUAGGUUUCUUUUGCUCAGAAAGCAAAGCUUCCCUGUUUCUCUGAGUCCUUGGCCCACUAAGGUCUGGCUCUAUUAAAGCUUUGGGAAGGAAGAAGAGGAACAGAGAAGUAGCAGUGGACAAAGAGCACCCCAGGGCCCUAACUGGGGCCAGCUGUCUUCAACUAGGCAGGAAGCAUAGUGGCCCAGAGAGAUAAGGGGACCAGUAUCCCACUAUACCACAUGCCAGCUGACACCAUGGUCUUCUCUUGGGGCAACAGUACCAACAAUGGACCAGCUCCUAGGGAGCCUUGGCCAAACUAUCUUACACGGGGCGGCUGGAGCUGCAGGCUGGUCAGAGCACAUCGUAGCUGCAGUAAACAACACAGUCUGUAAGAAACUUGUUUUCUAAGAAGCUAUUUUAUUACUGCAUGUUCCCAUCGUCUGUAAAUGUGUCCCAAACCUGAUGCAAUCACAGUCCUGGAAUCAGAGCACUGCAGAUGUGAUCAUGUCCCACAGGCAUCAUGCACAAAAGCUUAGAGUAAAUGCCAAAUAAAUAGUAUGAGGAGUGUACUUUUUAAGAUAUUAAUUUAUUUGAGUUCAGAUAUUUUUAAGAUAUAAAAACUGGUUGUAUUUUUUAAAAAUGUAAUUCUUGUAGACAUUCUGUGGGUAGAAAUUUGAUUGUCCAUAUUAAAGUUACUGAUGGUUUGCAAUUCAGUGAUGUGAAAAAUAAAGACUCUUUCAGAAAGUG